AUAACCGUUCCUGCAAAUUAAUUGAUAAUAUGAUUAUGAAAUUUAUAAAGUCGCAUCAUUCUUGAAUUAGAGAUGGCCAUAUUUAAAAAUGUUGAAUGUUUUCUGAUUGUUAUUAAUGAAAAAUAAUAUUAAUGAUAUUUGAAGUAUCAAGUAUGUAGAUGGAAAAUUUAUCAGUAAUAUUACUUAAGAGUAAUGUGUCGUUAAUCAAUAUUUAAUUAAAGGAUGUUUGGUCAUAUAAACAGAAACUUAGUACCUAUUAAGGCUCAUUAUUUUUUAUACUAUGGUGCUACAGGUCCAAUUAUGCAAUUUUUACCAACCAUAGCAAAGCAACUAGGAUUUUCAGGACUUCUUGUUGGAACAAUUUAUACAAUAUUGCCAAUCUCAGGAUUAAUAGCAAAACCUUUAUUUGGUGCUCUGGCUGAUAAAUUUAAACUUCAUAAAAUAUUUUUUAUAGCAUUUCAAAUAUUUUUAACAGUGGCAUUUUUUACAAUCAAUUUUAUACCUCAAAAUGAAAAUAGUGCAAAAACUGUAUUAACUUGUGAUAAAUAUACAUUUUUGGAGUUAUGUUCUGAAAAACCAUUUUCAGACUUAAAUUCUUCAAAAAUACAGAGUACCGUAACAGAUAAUGUUAAUUGCCAUCUAUCAUGUACAGUUAUAUCAGUUAAAGAUUUUAAAGCAUUCUGUGAUUCAUGGCACAUUCAUGAAUACUGUUUUUUAAUUGAAAAAUUUACUUUAGAACAAAUAAAACAUUUUGGUACAAUAGAAUUUGAAGCACAAUUUAAUGAAUCUUAUAAUUUACCAUUGGCAAAUUGCUUAAAUAUUCGAGUAUUCAAUGCCUCCUUUGCAAAUGAAGAUGUACAUAAAGCUGACUGCGCUAAAACAUCCUUCCGAAUUGAAUGUAGAAUGUGGUGUCCCAAAGUUCCCUUUCUUAACAACUUAAUAAAAGAAAUUAAUAGUAUUGAAAACCCUAGAUCAAAGCAAAUAUCUUGGAAUUUUAAAUGGUUUUUAUGGGUAUCAAUUACCAGUUGGAUAGGUAUGGCUGUAGUAGUGAGUAUUGGAGAUGCAAUAUGUUUGGAUUUAUUAGGUGAUGAAAAAAAUAAAGAUUAUGGAAAACAAAAAAUGUGGGGCAGUAUUGGAUUUGGAAUAUUUGGAAUAGGUACUGGAUAUUUAACAGAUCUUUUUAGUAAAGGAGAUGAAAUAAAAGAUUAUACCUGUAUUUUUUACAUUAUGUUGAUUGCUAUGAUUUUUGAUAUAUUAAUUUCAACCACAUUGAAGAAGAAUUGUUUACGUGAUACAAAUGAACCAUCUGUACUCUGGGAAUUAUGCUCUAUUGGAAAAGAGGGUAGAGUUUUAGCUUUUGCUUGGUGGUGUAUUGGAGCUGGUAUGUGCACAGGAGUUAUUUGGAAUUUCUUAUUUUGGUACACUGAAGAUAUAUCUUCAAAUAAUACACAAAAAGAAUGGUUAAAGACAUUGCAAGGGUUACUUACUGGAACACAGUGUUUUCUUGGUGAAAUGCCAUUUAAUUUUAUAUCUGGUAGUGUUAUAAGAAAAGUUGGGCAUAUUAAUGUUAUGAGUCUUGUACUUCUUACUUAUUCAAUAAGAUUUAUGGCUUACAGUAUGUUUUCAAAUGCUUGGAUCUUUUUGAUUCUUGAAUUUCUCCAUGGACCUUCAUUUGGUUUAUGUUGGCCAACUAUGGUUUCAUACGGAGAUAAAGUAGCACCUCCAGGUACAAAGGCUACAAUACAAGGACUUGUUGGAGCAGUUUUUGAAGGCAUUGGUGUAUCUUCUGGAAGUUUGCUUUGUGGAUAUCUGAUGGAUAAUUACAAAGGAGUUGUUACAUUUAGAAUAUUUUCAAUUGGUGCCCUUAUAUGGUUAAGUAUUUUUUGGAUUUGGCAAUUGCUACUACGUAAAGCUAAAGCAUAUCCUCUUCAACAAGGACAUACUCAUUUGACAAGUUAUGUUUCUCCCAAUGAUGACACUGUCUUUAUGGCCAUGAGUCAAGAAAUGCAAACAUAUUAAAAAGUGAAUUAAAAUUGACAUAUCAAAAUUAAUAUGUAGGAAAUAAUAUUAUAAAGAGCUUUAAGAGUAUUAUACCUUUA